GCCGGCGCCGACGCACCGAACUACGUGUGGCGCGGUUCUACCCACCUAUAGAAACCACACUCAAAUAGUCAAAAACAGGAUACUCUGAAACCAUGGCACUGAACAAGAUUAUGGUUUACUCUGGCGUCGCCACCUUGCUCCAAGCGAUUGGGCAGGCGAUCUUCGCAUCACUUGGCGUAGCGCAAUAUUUCUGCGUCAUCGACUUUUUAAGAGGGCUGCCCGUUCUACUGUAUAUAAGGAUUCUCUAUUUCCAUAACCCCAACAGUUGCGGCGAGAGAGUGAACAUCGGAGAAGUUAUCGACGGUAUCGUAGACCAAGCCUUCGUUUUGAUAAGAAAUGAACCGACCCCUGUGUUCCGAACUUUCAUCGUCAACUGCGUCAGUCUCGGCCUCAGCGUCUUUUGGAUAAUGAGCAGUGUUUUUAUGUUAAUGGGUGGAGCAAGAGAUGAGCAGACGAAAUGCAGGAGAUGGCCUUGGAUAAUAACGACGGUAGCAGUGUGCGGACUGGACCUGGUGGCGGCUGUGACAUAUGCCAACGACUCCUUCCAUACCAGGACCAUGAAAGAUAUGAUGGAUUUCAUCGACGGGACCGCCAGUGGUCUCGGUGACACACAGCUGAACACCGCCUGGGCAUCUUGGAUCAUGGUCAUAUUAUACUCCCGCUUUGUCAUCCUUUUCAUUCUAAACGUCAUCCUUCUAAUCAUUGUCAUCGUGGACUGCAAUGUUAAGAAGGAACCUGUCAAAGAUGAGAAUGUAGAAGCCCCGGCUCCCCCAGUUCCGGCCGUACCUGCUCCUCAAGUUGUAGUUCCAGUGCAAGUUUCCACUGCAGUCCAAGCGAGCCCCCCUCAAGACCCCACUCCACCACUAACUACCGACGGAAUCAGUGACAGAGAUGAUGAAUUAGGCAGCUUGCCCAGUGAAAGGGUCACGACGCACAUACCCCGAGCAGGGUUGAGCAGAUCCUUCCGAAGAAUGAAAGCUUUUCUGUUUAGGAAGACUCCUUCGCCGGUGCAAACGAGAUCUAGUCCUGAUUCGUUGCAACCUUCUCCUGAGAGAUCUCCGCGCGCCCAGCAUUUCGAAGGGGACAUGGACAAGAAACGCACGGUGAACUUCCCCACCAGCCUGAUGUCGUUACCACAGAGGUUGGAGAACAUUAUGGCUGAACAGCAGAGACGCCUAGACCAGUCGGUCAUAGACACGUCGGGGCGCGCCAGUCCGCCGCGCGCUUCGCAGUCUAUGCCUCACCUAGCUUCGACCUCCAACCAAACUGAUGGACGAGGAAGGCGCGGAACUACGGCCGAACUACAGGGGCAGCUUCCCUGGUCGUAUAUACCGGCGUCCGCGCACCGCAUGCGGGACCAACUCCCUCCGGACGAGGACUUGCCGCCGGUACCUCUCCCGGACUACACCGCCCUCCAGCCCGUUAGAAAAGCAUCCGUCCAUCGAGGCGCUUCCAGCUUAAGCUCACUCACACAGAAGAAAGAUUACGCGACAUCCCGGUCUGUGCGUUGUGAGUAUUACACAUACAAGAAGACUUAACACCAGUCAUACAUGCUUCCCAAACAGCGUUAAAUGAAUCCGACGUUCUUUACUAAUUGAUUUAGUAAGGAUUGCCUGCUGUAAAAACAAUCUCAGAUUAGUUCAAUUGGCAAUUUGUUUUACAGUAAUAAAAUCAAUAUUUGGGUUAUGUUUGACAAAGUAUGCGAAAACUAGUUUGAUCGGAAAACGCUUUUUUGUAAAUAACACUUAGACAUAAGAAAAAUUAUGUUAAAAUGCUAGUGCUUAUUUAAAAGUAUUUAUUAUUCUGUUAUUUUUAUAAAAACAGUGUAUUUGGUUUAGUUAUAUUUCAUAUAUUAUUUUAUAAAAAUAAUAACUGAUGUUGAACACAGUGCAAUAUCGGAUUAUUAUUUAUUGUAUUAUUAAAUUAUAGUAGAAUUGUUCAACAGAGCUUUCUGAUUUCAAUUUACAAUGAGAUAUUGUUAAGCUCGACUCUUAGUAUAAGGUAUAAUUUAUAAUUGUUAACAUCACGCACUUUGUAAUAAAGAUAUAGGAAACUAACGUUUUAGAUUUUAUACCCUAUGGAUAUUCAAUAAAUUUCGUAUAAUAACAUA